ACCAUAAGCACAGGUCGUUUCUCCGUAGCUAUGCUAGUGUUUCCGUCCCAAGGAGAAUCUUGGAUUGUGCAUUGUGUUAGGGUGGUAGCCAGAUCCUGCAGCCCCCCGUUAGACGGCGCAUAAGGACGUUGCAUCCCCGCAUAAGACGGUACAGUGUUCUCCACAGCCACGUCACCACUCGUCACCACACGUCACCAUCCGUCACCGCUCGUACCACCUUCCAGGUGUUUGAGAGUCGGCUCAGACAUUUACGACCCUAAAGGUUGUACCUUUGGGCUUGACGGCCAAGCGGCUUGACGGCCGAGCGGCUUUGACUGCUGAGAGGCUUGACGGCCAAGCGGCUUGCCGGCCGAGCGGCUUGACGGCCACGUGACGACAUGCCGUACUGCGUAGUGCCCAACCACCAUCGCCACAAAGACGGCCAGAGCUCCGGGGGAGACGGCGGAUCAGGCGCCGCGGAAAGCGGAGAGAGAGCAGCCGGAAACGGCAGUGGGAAUGGCGGCGCGAAUAGCGGCGGGAAUAACGGCGGGAAUGGCGGCGGAGAUGGCGGGAAAGUGAGGAUAUUCUACGAGACGUACGGCCAUGGAGACACGAAAGUGCUCAUGAUCAUGGGAUUCGCCUCUGGUCAUGCUGCGUGGCUGUUCCAGGUGAAGGCCCUAGCGGGCACUGAUACCCCCAACAGUCGAGCGCGCCAGCACGGGGCGCAGGGAGAGCAGGGAGAUCAGGGAGAGGAGGGAGAGGAGGUAGAGAAGGGAGACGGCGGGGAGAAGGAGAGUGGUGGAGAGGAGAGGGAGAGUGGAGAGGAUGGCUGGGAGGGGAGCAGGGAAGGGAAUGGAGGGGGGGAGGUGGAAGGGGAAGGAGCGGAGAGGAAACGAAGCAGUGAAGAGAGUGGGGAAGAAAGGGAGCUGCGAGAAAGGCGAGGAGAGGAUGAGGGGGGGGAGGAGGUGAGAGGAGGGGAAGAAGGGAGAGAGGAGAUGAGAGGAGGGGAAGAAGGGAGAGAGGAGAUGAGAGGAGGGGAAGGAGGGAAUGGGAGGUGCACUGGAAGGGAGGGCGAGGUGGGGGAGAGAGGAGGGGAGGAAAGAGGAGAGGAGGAGAGAGGAGAGGAGGGGAGAGGGGGCAGCAUGUGGACAGGGAGGGAGGUGUGCAUCUUUGACAACCGGGGCGUGGGCCACAGCUCGUGCCCUACAGAUCCUAAUGAAUACACCACGGAGGCAAUGGCAGCAGAUGCUCUGUUCCUUGCGGAUAAUCUUGGCUGGACCAGGUUUCAUCUCGUGGGCCACUCCAUGGGCGGCAUGAUAGCAUGCAAGGUGGCUGCAGCAGCAUCGCACAGAAUCAUCUCUCUGGGUCUCAUAAGUGUUACUGGGGGCGGCUUCGACCUGUUGCCUCGGCUUGACUCGCGGGUAUUCUCCAUUUUCUAUCGCAUGAUGAGCGCCACAACCCCGGAGCUGAGAGCUCAAGUGGACCUGGAUACCCACUUCUCCCAGGAGUACAUGGAAGAGAUUGAUGCUGGCGUGGCAAGGAGAGAAGCUCUACACAAGGAGUAUGUGCGGGUCCUGUCUGUGCCAGCUGCCAUGCAGACGACUCAUGGGGCGAAUGGCCAUCUCAAUGCCUGCUGGACGCACUCCCUCACGCGCCAUGAUGUGGAUGAGAUCUGCAGCGCGCACAUCCCCACUGCCGUCAUCCACGGCAGGGAUGACGUCAUCGCGCACAUCUCACUGGGAGAGAGGGUGGCCAGAAGCCUGGGGAAGGUGGCGCGCUUCUUCCCCCUCCUGGGAGCUCACAUGGUGCUGAGGGAGAGAGCACAUGAGGUGAACGCGUGUCUCGCUGCGCUGAUAGAGGCGGCUGAGAGGAGAGUGCCGGUGGAGGAGUGGGUGGAGAGCUACCGGGACGACAGGCUUCCAGUGGCUGCCACGUGGCAGAAUGAGAUGGGUCAGAGCAGCUCUCAAGACUCCGUUUUCCCAUUCUUCCAGUUUCCCUCCGAGUGGGUUCAGCCUGAGAUGUGGACGAUGUUUAGAGCCUGGACAUGACAUCGACCCUUGCUCUCUCCUUAAUUGAGUUAUAGAGUUGUAAAAGUAUAGGUGAAUGCCAAACUAGUCUAGAAUGCCUUAUGUUGUUUUAAGUUGUGUUGCUAUAAAGAUACAUUUUGUAUGCUAUAAUUAUACGAUCGAUGUGAGAUUCAUUGCUCA